AUGGGAAGUUUAUUUAAAGCAGGAGCAAACAGAAACAAAAAAGAACCUGUAUACUUAAAUGUAUACGAUCUUCAUACUGGACUUGGUGCAUUCCAUUCAGGUGUUGAAAUAUUUGGUGUUGAAUAUUCUUUUGGAGGACAUGAAUUUUCUUUUAGUGGAGUAUUUGAAGUAGAACCAAAGAGCAUAGAGAACUUUAGAGAAUCUAUAUUACUUGGAGAGACAUCUAAAUCAAAAAGUCAAAUCAAAGCAAUCGUUGAUGAAAUUGCUGAAGAGUUUCCUGGUUUAUCUUAUCAUCCACUUCAAAAAAAUUGUAAUUCAUUCUCACAAGCAUUUGCAAAGAGAAUAUUAAAUGUUGAUAUACCCAACUAUAUCAAUCGGUUGGCAUAUAUUGGAAAUAUGUUUUCUUGUUUUAUACCAACUGGUGCUUUGGCAACUCCAACAGGACAACCACAACAACAAACUGGUUCAUCAAAUAACAAUAAUAGAGGAGGUGGAAGAGCAAGUGAAUUGAUCAAUUCACCAGUAUCAUAUAAAUCAAACAAUGGCAGCAACAAUGAAUAUAAUGAUAGAUCACGACUAUUUCCAGGUGAUGGAUAUUCUUUACAAUCACCUACCACUACGAGUUAUGGAUCUACCAAUAGUGGUGUGAUAUCAUCAUCGUCAUCAUCCAACGCCACAACCAUGUCAUCACCUCCACUCAUACUCACCUCGGAUUCAGAUUCAGACAAUUCUCAACCAAAUUCACCAUCUUUAUCAUCUCAACAUCUGACAGCAGAAGCAAGUGACAGAAGAAGAAAAAUGUUAGAAGCUCUUGGAAAAAGAUUAAUCAUUUCUGUCAAUCAAGAGGAAAUGGAAUCUCAAAAACAAAAGGAUGACAAAGAAGAGGAAGAAGAAGAUGAAGAUGAAGAUGAAGAGGAACCAAACUCCACAAUUGAAAAUCAAAGUUUAGUUCAAUAA